AUGCCAUGUUUGACUAUAGUUAACAUUGCCUUCAUCCCCGAGGAUAAACAAGCCACAUCGAAUGACAGGCAAGGCGAUGAGUGGCCGCGGGCCUCCUCACAGGAGCAGCUCUUUUACUCACCGAACCGUAACCCGAACAGCCUACGCUGCAUGCCGGCGGCCCAGAAUGAGGCGAUUGGCAGGAAAGCCGGGCAAUUUAAUCAGGAUAUUGGCAAGUACGAGGAUCAUCCUGACCGAAACGAGAAGGGUAAAAUGGUGCGCAACGACUCUGCACGCGUCAACUUUGACAUUUCGGAAACCAACAACAACGAUAUCCCGUAUUGUGUUCAACGCGACCAAGGCGAAUAUUUCUGUGGGCAAGACGACUACCAGUUCGCCCUUAGCAAGAAGCCUAAUGUUAAGGGCAAGAUGUCCAACCCCAUCGACACCGAGGGAAAAGACAACCACUACGGCAUGACAAAGGAUGUGUACGAUGAUAUAUACCAAUGCUGCGUCAGCCUGACUGGGUAG